AUGGCGGUUAAUAGUCCAGGUGGCUACCCACCAAUAUCGCCGAAACCUCUAACUCCUAAGAGCCCACGACACUUUAUCUUCCCUCAGAAGAGCCCCUCCAUCACUUCCAGCACCUCGUCUUCUGGCUAUUUCACUCCCCAGUCGGGGUGUAGCUACGACAAGCACAAUCCACCGCCAAAGUCGCCAAUCGCCCAUGGCCACAGAAGCCCCAUGAGCCCGAGGCAUUUCAACUUCCCGCAAAAGUCUCCCUCAGGGCGCUCGAGCCCUUGCAACUUUGACAGGUUACCACACGGCCUCCACUACACCACGUCGCUGAAACACGGCAGGCGCGAAAAGUCCAGAUCGCCAAAGCCGCCGCCCGUGCACAUCCACACAAACCCAGGAUACGUGUCUCCGAAUAGGACGCGGAAAUUGUACGGCAGCACGUCGACCGUCAGCUCGCCGAGGCUGGUGACGUCACCGAGCAUUGUCUCGAGCCAUACCGACGAAUCGACGGACGCUAUAGUCCACGAUGCGGACGAUGAGGCGACCACCACUUCGUCUAGGAUCUGCCGCAAGUCUACUUCGGAUCUAACCGACCUGACCGAUGAUACUCCGUGCACCAGAUCGACUAGCAUCAGCAGGCCUUGCUCGCCAAUGCGCAAGGGCUCGAUAAAAGGCGGUCUAGCAUACCUGGCGAGCAGGCGUGGAUCUAGAGAGUCAACGAUUUCCAACUGCGACUCAGUGGAGGACAUUGGUCCGCUGAACUUUCAGAAUACGAUGCGAGGCAGACAGCGGAGGACGUCAAACUUUCUGGAGUUGCCAGUGGUUGAACACGCCCGGCCUAGAGUGUGCUCACUACCUGAGAAGCCAUACAACCCUCGCCUGUCGGACGACCUGUACAGAUUAAGGACAUUCUCCAUCACCACAAAGGGUGGGGUCGUGAAUUGCGGAGACUCUAUCUGCAACCGUCGAAGCCGCUCCAACACCUCAGUCAAUUCGACUAAUAGCAGGGCAUCAGACCGGUCACCGUUCGACGGCUCAUGCUGUUCAGGGUAUCGCCCCGUGGAUUCAGGCAGUUUGACAACACCUGAAGAAGACGACUUAGAUCCGAUACCAAAGUACCGAGUAGUGUUACUGGGUGACGCGGGAGUCGGGAAGACAGCUCUGGUGUCCCAAUUUAUGACAUCGGAGUACAUGAAUACUUACGACGCAAGUUUGGAUGAUGAAUUCGGUGAAAAGUCGGUAUCUGUUUUGCUGGAUGGUGAAGAAUCAGAACUUAUUUUCAUCGAUCAUCCUAGCACGGAAAUGUCGAUUGAGAAUUGCCUAUCGACAUACGAGCCUCAUGCUUGCGUGGUUGUUUACUCCGUCGUGGCUAAAAGUUCGUUCACCCGGGCCGCAGAAUUACUUCAGUACUUAGCCCGUGAACAGUUCACUGUGGAAAGAACAGUCGUACUUGUUGGGAAUAAAGCCGAUCUGGCUAGGGCGAGACAAGUUACAACAAAUGAAGGAAAAGCACUUGCAACGUCAAGGGACUGCAAAUUUAUCGAGACGUCUUCUGGAAUCCAGCAUAAUGUGGAUGAACUCCUGGUUGGAAUUCUAAAGCAGAUACGCCUUAAGGAAAGCAGAGAUAAAAAGCAGGCAAAGAAAAUCAGCAAGCAGGAAUCCAAGUCCUCGAAGCUUGCCAGUUCCCGCACGCAUAUCUCACUGAGCAUCGCCAGAGAACUGCUUCACAAAAUUUGCAUCAAUGAUAUUUCCAAGUCAAAGUCCUGCGAAAAUUUACAUGUUCUG